AGAGCCCUUUAGAGAAACUGCCUGUUCUGGCUCAAACAGCCUGUAACAUAUAAAAGCUGUUAGCAGCUCCUGUGGCCAGAAGCUUCAAAACCAGCAGACUUCUGUUCUUUGGGGGUUUGUAAUAAGAGACACUCCUUUCACAAAGGUUCAUAUCAUCAUAUAGGAGAGUGCUAUAUAUACUGGGAGAACAGUAGACUGUAUUCUUUUUUUUUUCUCUUGGUAUUACCAGAGAUCUGUUUUCUGCUGCCCUGACUUAAAGGACAGUACGUCUGUGGCCUAUCUUUCUUCUUUGGCCCCAAAAUGACAGUAAUCACUGCAAUCAGUUGUGCUUUCUUAUUUUCCAUUCUCUGUGAAACAAGUGCAUUAGUGUUACCCAACUCCACUGACCUACUCCUGUCAGACAAUAAUUUCACUGACAUUGAGACAGCUUUGGCAGCUCAUCUGGACUCUGCAAAAAUUCCCAAAGCCAGGCGGAAGCGCUACAUUUCACAGAAUGACAUGAUUGCCAUUCUUGAUUAUCAUAAUCAAGUCAGAGGCAAAGUCUUCCCACCUGCUUCCAACAUGGAAUAUAUGGUUUGGGAUGAAACUCUUGCCAAAUCUGCAGAGGCUUGGGCUGCUACAUGCAUUUGGGACCAUGGGCCUUCCUACUUACUGAGAUUCUUGGGCCAGAACCUGUCCGUAAGAACUGGAAGGUAUCGAUCUAUUCUCCAGCUGGUAAAACCAUGGUAUGAUGAAGUGAAGGAUUAUGCUUUCCCUUACCCUCAGGAUUGCAACCCCAGGUGCCCCAUGCGAUGUUAUGGACCCAUGUGCACCCAUUACACACAGAUGGUUUGGGCCACUUCCAAUCGUAUAGGCUGCGCCAUCCACACAUGCCACAACAUGAACGUCUGGGGAUCUGUAUGGCGACGAGCUGUUUACUUGGUAUGCAACUAUGCCCCAAAGGGGAACUGGAUUGGAGAAGCACCAUAUAAAGUAGGAGUCCCGUGUUCUGCUUGCCCUCCAAGCUAUGGAGGUUCUUGUACUGACAAUCUUUGUUUCCCAGGAGUAACGUCAAACUACUUAUACUGGUUUAAAUAAGUUAAGGUUUACAUUUUUUUUUUUUUAAAGGAUGAGUAACAAGAAGCUUGUAUAUUGAAUUUUGCACAUAUUAUAUAUAGAGAGAUAUUGUAAUAAUACUCUGAUGUUUUCUUUUUGUAUGCUUUUGUAUAAUUAGCUUUCAAAGUAUAGCAUAAUUUGGUUUUAACACUUUGGGAUUUAAGACUCAUGUAAACUCUUUUAGAUUAACAUUUUGUUAACGGAGAGCAAACUAAUUUUCACUUCAGCAAGUUUAGCUUCCUGAAGAUUAGCUUCCAUUAAAAGCACAUUAAAGGGUA